AUGGAGCAGGCGGGGGGCUCCCCGUGGGCCCUGGGGCUGCUGAAGGCCUUCGACUCGGGCGAGCUGGCCAGCUGGGAGAAGAUCGGCUCCGGCGGCUUCGGGCAGGUGUACAAGGUGCGCCACGUCCACUGGAAGACGUGGCUCGCCAUCAAGUGCUCGCCCAGCCUGCAUGUGGACGAGAAAGAACGUAUGGAACUGUUGGAAGAAGCCAAGAAAAUGGAAAUGGCAAAGUUUCGCUACAUUCUCCCAGUCUAUGGCAUCUGUAAGGAGCCAGUGGGCUUGGUCAUGGAAUAUAUGGAGACGGGGUCACUGGAAAAGCUCCUGGCCUCUGAACCGCUGCCUUGGAAACUGCGCUUCCGAAUCAUCCACGAGACAGCUGUGGGCAUGAACUUUCUUCAUUGUAUGUCCCCACCCCUGCUACAUCUGGAUCUCAAGCCUGCAAACAUAUUACUUGAUGCUCAUUAUCAUGUUAAGAUUUCUGAUUUUGGAUUAGCCAAGUGCAACGGACUUUCUCAGUCUCACAAUCUCAGCAUGGAUGGACUUUGUGGCACCAUUGCAUACCUGCCUCCUGAACGCAUUAAAGAGAAGACCAGAUAUUUUGACACCAAGCAUGAUGUCUAUAG